AUGCACAAAGUUAGCUUAGAUUUAAGUUUAGGACAACAUAGUAAUAACAAUAAUUAUAAUAAUAAUAACAGUAAUUUAAGUAAUAGCUCUAGUUAUAGCAACGAUAAUGAAUGUAUAUUUAACUGUAGCAACACAAAAGAUUUACUAAUACCUAACAAUAAUAAUAACAACACUAAAAUGGGAAGACAAAUGAUGGCCGCUCAAGAGAAAAAGACUGCGGAUGAAAUGGUAGAAGAUGUGCGGAGCGCAAAUAUUACAAAUAGUGGGGUGAAAAUGGGGCCAGUUAAGCCACACAAUCGGGACGACAUCAUGUACAAUGCGGAGGAAGAAUUAAGGCAAACAGCAGGAGGAUUGAGGGCAACAGGUGGCAUAUUGGUGGAUGAAAGUGCUAGUUACGAGACUGAUGAAUAUAGCACAGAAGAAACAGAGCGUAUGCAGUUGAAUCCCAGUGGUAAUGAUGAUGACUGGGACGACGAAUAUGAUGAUGGUGAUGAAGAUGAAGAUGAAGAGGAUGAAGAUGAGGAAAUGGAUGAUGCAGAUGCAGCCUAUGGUGAUGAAGACGACGAAGACUUUGUAGAAGAGGCGCACUCAGUUAGUGCGCCAGCACAAGCACAAGACACCGGAUACGAAGCGCUGCCUGAAGCCAAGGGUCUUAUACAGUCACUGGUGGGCGAUGAAAAUGAGUCUGUGAAAAAUAUGCCGGACGUAUUGAAGGCGAAAAGCCUUUCGCACACUGUUGGCCAUACGGCCAUGGUGGAUGAGGAGGAAGAAGAUAUGGGCUUUGACGAGGAUGACGAACGCAUUGCUAUAAUCGUGGAGAAGCAACGUGGCAAUGUAAACGACAACGACAAAGGCUUCAUGAACGAGGAGGGUAGCGGCGCUGGUAGCGCUAAGAGACGAACAGAUGCAAAUAGGUACAAAAAUAAUAGAUUUAGGUUAGAUUACCUAGAGAAAUAUCGUAGAAAACAGCAGAAGCUGCAAUUUGAACAUACGAAUAGGGGCGUAGCCGAUUCGCGGGAAGGCAGCGGCAAUUUUGCCAACGAUGAUGAUGAUGACGAUGAUGAUGAUAGCGAUGAUGAUGAUGGUGAAGAUGAUGACGUUGACGAUGAUGAGGCCAUCAACGUCGGUGCUGCUGACGACGCUAACGAUGACGCCGACCGCCAAGAAGGUGAUGGUUAUUUUAAUUCGAAGCAUACCAAAUCGAGCAAUCGAUAUUUCCGCAAGAAUACGAAUGACGCAAUUAAAAUAAUCUCAACGCCGCUGGGCAAGGUCGGCAUUGUGUAUCAGCAGACGCCGACAAAUGAGGAUGGCAACAACAAUGCCAACAACAAGAAACAGGAUUCGCUUGGCGACAAGAAAACAAGUUCAUUUACGGACUUUGAUGCACUGUCGCCAGAUCCUGAGAGUAGUCAUCGCUUAGCAUCAUCUCAUCCGAAAAUUACGCCAGUCUUGACACCCGAUGGCAAGGUUGCACUGCUUUAUCGCGGCGACUCGGAGAAUUCCAAAUACGAACCGAUACGCAAUUUAACGCAUAAAUUUAAUAAUAAAAACGACUUUACGGACAAUAAAGCAACCGCUAGUGGUACAAUUAGUAAAGAAACGCCUGAUUUUCCAAACAACGAUGGCAGCGAAGACGAGUCAGCAGAUGAGUCAGAAGACGAUUACGAUCUCGACAAUGAAAGCAACAAUGAUCGAUUGUCAACGAAUUCGCGUAAAAACAACGCAACCCCCACAGAUGAAACACAGAAAGCCGCCAUACAAAAUCCCGACACUGAUCCCGAUGAUCCUACCGCUGGUGGCGGUUCAUUCAUCAUACGCCCCACCGACUCUGUCUUGCCCAUGAUUAAUCGCCCACUCUCUGAGGUGCUCGGCAUCAAGAAAAAUCAAUUCAAACAAUUCCGCAUCAAAGAUAAUCCCACAACACCACCAAACGGCGAAUCAGCUGGUGAUCCACGUUCCCUAGCUGGUACCUCCAUCGACCGCACAAUCGAUACAACGACACUACACUUCCUUACUAAAGUCAAUUUAGCCGAAUAUCCGACAUCGAUGAAAACUCGUAAUUUCGAUUUCGAUUUUAGUCGCGACAACACAAUGCUGGACGAACGUUCACGCCACAAAGAACACCAAUACCAUCAACAACAGCAAGCGUCUGCUGGGAGCGGUAGCAGCAAUCAACUAAAUGGAGGAGAGGCAGGCAAUAACAACAACAAACUGAACACAAUUGCCAAUGAAGAGGUGCUUGCCAAAACAGAGGUAGUAAAUUUGGCAAUAAUUCCACAUUUCGAUGAGGAGCUCGAGCGGCUGCAACGUUUACACGAAAACGAGGGACGCAGGCAUUACCGGCAACGCUACCGACAGAAACCGAGCGAAGAGGAGCUGUCUGGUAUACAUUGCAUCAUGCAGGCCAUGAUGGGCAUAGCGGCGAUUUCGACGGUGUUCGGCAUGUUGGGCACAUUCUUCAAGCAACGAAUACUCGAUCAAAUUCGCCUUAUGCAUUGGUAGUACAGCAAGGGUAUUCGAUUGUACGGCGAAUUAGUGAGAAUGUCGGCAAUUACAAUUGAAUACCCCAGUUCACCCGCACAACAACAUUAUCAUCAUCAUCAUCAUCACCACGAUCAGCCACAAGACGAAUACAACAACACAAACACUAACAAGAACAACGCAGCUAUUAAAGCCAUAAUUUUUUGUAAAUCUAUUUUCCUGAACCCAAACAAAUGCAUAGCAAUAAUGAAGAAGCUUUUAAUACUAUUUACAAUAUAAAUACAUACAUACAUACAUAUGUACAUGAAUACGAAAUUAACACUAAGCAACAACUAUGCAACGCUAAAACAAACGAUCAUACGCUGUUGACAAUUUUCAAGUUUAAUUGCAAAAAAAAGCAAAUUCAUAUUGCAAAGGAAAAAAGUCUUGAACUUUUAAGCACUUACAAUAUUUAAAAUAAAUUUUGCAGAAAUUUUCUUUUUGUUAGGGAAAAGUAGAAAUUCUUACAAUGAGUAGAAUGCUUUACAAUAGGCAUUUGUAGCCAACAAGUGUCUUCUUUUAAGAGUAGCCUCGUAACCUAACCAUGUUUUUUUUUUUUUUUUUUUUUUUUUUUUACAACUAACAAAAUGGUUUUCUUUUCAAAGUACUGGUUAUCUAUUAACUAUUCCUUAUUAUUAAUUUUGAAUUCAAAAUGCGCCGAAGCUUUAAAAAAUUCAAUAGUUAACUGGUUCACACCCAAGGCGCAUUUAUUAAAGGUGGUGGCACUAGACCAGCUACAAUGUUUUGUGCGUUUGAUUGUCACGGCAAAGUAUUGGAAAAAGUAAAAAAUAAAAAAUUAAUGCGUCUUGCUUUAUUCUAAUCAAAUCAGCUGAUUUACCAACACCACCUUUAAUAGAUUCGCCUUGUUCAAACCCCAAUACAAACUUUUGUAGUGUGAACUAGAAAAUAUUUCAUACAUUUUUUACACACACUCUGCAUCGAUUGAGAUUUCCAUUCUCUUCUUUUAUUUUUUAUCGCAUGCCUAAAUUUUGUGUCUACAGAGUUGAUAAACUGCAUUGGUAUUUUGUUGCUCAGAGCACGCUUCAUUUAAGAAGAAAAAGAAAAAAUAUAAAGAAACGGAAGUGCGGAAAAUUGCAUGUUGAAGUAUGUAAGACAAAAUAAAAUGUUGAAUUAAGGGGUAACACCACUGUAGAAAUUUCAAAAAAUUGAUUU